AUGCCAGCAAUGAAUAAGAAGUCCUUGUCGAAGGAGUUUUCUUCCCCGUCGGAAAAUUCGUCUGUUGUCGACGGCCAUCAAGAGGAGAAUUCUACAAUGAUGGUACAACCUUCCUCCGGGGGAACCAAAAAUGACAACGCCGUUGACAAUUCUAUCAUUAAUUUGGAAAAGUUUGAAAGUCAGCAACGUCCAAAUUCACGUUCGCAGAAAAUUGGCACCACUCAUAAUGGCGAUAGCAUUAAACCCGUUUCAAACGACAAUAACCAGAUAUUGGCCACUGAUAAGGUUGGGCUGGACUCCCAAACGAUAAAUGGCACUGACACAGAAACAGUGGCCCCAUUCGAAGAAAAAGCUUCAAGUGCAAAGCAUUCUUCAAACCGGUCAAAGGGUAGCAACAAAUCUAACUCUACUAACCACCAUAGUAGUAAACAGGUUGGAAACAAGGAUUCGAAAGAAAAGCAGAAACAAGGAAACGGCACGACCUCCGAUUCACGUGCAAAAAUCGAAUUGGAUAGGAAGAAAUCUUUGCCAUCACAGAAACAGAAGAAGACACUUUCUUCAAAACAAAAAAGUGGUAGUGUAAAACCCGAUGAGGAUUCCCUUUCUGGUAGCGCCGCCGUCGCCAAUAACCUAUUGAAUCGAAGGCAUUCGGCUCCCCCCACCCUGACCCAAUCCCAUAGGAGCCGUCAAGGAAUUACCGCCAGCAAAGAUCGUGAUCAAUCAAAACCGAGUCCUUUGAGGACCUCGAUUACACCCUCGGCUUCUCCUGACUCGCCUAAUCCUCCACUCUUGUCCCCCAAGAUAUUGGAGCUACGUCGUUCGGAAUCCUUUCAACAAAAGUCCGCAACUACCGUUGAUGAAAAUACGUCACCUACCUCCUCCACCAACGCAGGUACCAUUAGCAACAAAGCAAGUACAAAGAAAUCGAUGUCGACUCCCACCAUUAAAAAACGCCGUAGGGACAAUACCAGAAGUCAGACUAGAAAGAAUUCUGCUUUACCAAAAGGAGAAAAUAUCGAAGAGUUGCUUGCAAGAUUAGAAGAGCAAAAUUCCUUGUUGCCUCCGCAGGAUUCCACCGAAUUUCUUCUUGCCCGUCUUGAACGUCAGAAUGAAAUGUUGGACAAUGACCCGAAAUCAGUGUGCAUUGAAUCCAAUGUCCUCAAGGCAAAUCUCGAAACCGUUCAAUCUCUGAUUGACGACAUCACACUGUCCGCUGACCGAUCUUCCGAACCAUCAGAUGAAAUAAUCAUUCCAAUACUUGACGCAGACGAAGACGAUCCUUCGAAAUCCGUCGAUCUUUCGAAUACAAUCGAUCUGGAUUUCUGGACAGCGCUGAUUCAAGAUUACACUUCGGUUGCCACCAAAUUACCGCACCUACUCGCCGCUAAACUGCAACAAGGGUUACCACCAAAGUUUAGAGGCUUGAUAUGGCAAUCGAUGUGCCAAGCAUCUUCAACCUACUUGGAAACAAUGUAUUCUCAAUUACUUUCGGAAUCUUCUCCGUAUGAUAAAAUUAUCGAACGCGACUUGGCCAGAACAUUCCCGACGAUUGAUAUGUUUAAGGAAGAAAACGGAAAGGGACAGACAAUGCUGUGGAAUGUGUUGAAAGCGUACAGUUUGUAUGAUCCUUUGGUCGGAUACUGUCAAGGGUUAGGGUUCUUGGUGGGACCGUUGCUGAUGAACAUGGAAGAAGCACAGGCUUUUUGCGUGUUUGUUAGGUUGAUGGAAACAUACGAUAUGAGGACGAUGUUCACCCUGAAAAUGGAAGGUCUUCAACAACGAUUAUUCCAAUUUACCUCACUGCUCUCUCAGAUCUGCCCUGAUCUCUACGCCCAUUUCCAAAAGCACGGUGUCCAAUCCGCCAUGUACGCCUCCCAAUGGUUUCUAUCACUAUUCGCCUACACCUAUCCUCUUCCCCUCGUCUUUCGAAUUUAUGAUGUUGUAUUUGCUGAGGGUGCUCCUGAAACAAUCAUGCGAGUGGCCAUUGCCUUACUGAAGAAUAACGAGGAAAAGUUAUUAAGUUUCGACGAAUUCGAAGAUUUAUUGGAAUUCCUUACUUCUCGACUUUAUGAGUCAUAUAACAAUGAACCCACGGGGUUAGUAAGGGACGCCAUGGCACUAAGCACGGUGAUCACCAAAGCGAAACUCGAUCAACUUUCCGAGGAAUACGUUAAAGAUCUGGAAGAACAGAAGAAACGUGCCGAAGAAAUGGUGGCCGUUCGGUUCAACGGACGUUUCGGUCGCAGUAAAAAGGACAAGAAGGAUGACUCUAAACGACGUGAGAAACGCGACAAUAAGCGUUGGUCACUGAACGUCAUGCGCAACCCUCGCCAUUCGGUGGCCAUCAUGCAAAAUAUGCAGAAUGCAAUCUCAAAUUCUUCUAAUAACACGAGCAGUGAUCAAUCCUCGGAUGAGGCACCUAAUUUAGUGACGGCACUUUCGGAGCUUCAGAAAGACCAUGCGGAUGUCACCGAACAAUUGGUCAAUAUUAAAAUGGAAAAAGUGAAUUUGGCUACCGAGGUAGAAGAACUCAAAUCUAAACUUCGGGGGUUGGAGAAAGAGAACAAGCGAAUGUCCUCAUCUUCGAUCAUGUCAGUUGAUUCGGCGGCAACGUUAAACGACGAGAGCAACACGUUGAUGUCGAAAUUAGCCUCGCAGAUAAUACCGAGCCUAUCGAAGUUUAAAGAACAGUUUACAAGUUCCGAUUUGCCACGUAUGAAGCGGCGGUCAUCGGUGCCCACUUACGUCGACAGUCCCAACGACCAAGCAUUAUCAGGGUUUACCCCGAAUGAGUGGGCAACAGAAUUAAAGAAUUCGCUUCAACGAGAAAUGUCAAUGACCGAGGAAUUAUCCAUUGUCAGUAGAGAGAGAGACACGUUAUCCGCGGAUAAUGCCGAAUUGGUUAAGCGCGUGGAGGAACUAGAGGCCGUCGUGACCAAUACCACGAAAGUGCAAAAAACUCUGCGGGAUAAAAACACAUUCUUGCAAAAGGAGAUCGAGCGAUUAGAUUUGGAGGCAGCACAAGCAUUGUACGAACAGAGUACCAUGGAAAAUGAUGUAAAGGAAGUGAAGACGCUGAGAUUCGAUAAUGUGAGGCUCAACAAGGAGAACGAGAAGUUAAAGAAGGACAUCACGGGAUUAGAAGCGAAACUGUCGUGGACCGAAAACAGCAAUAAUGAUAAUUCAUCUACCCAAGUUUCGUCACGACGUGUUUCUUCGUUUUUGAAUUUCUUUAAUACGAAUUCGUCCAACACCGACCUCUCUACUAGCAAUUAUGAUCAGAAUGCAACACGUUCGGUAGCGACGGUAUGUUCGAAUGAGUGCCCCGCCGCGAAACGAGCUGAUAACAUGGAACAGAUGGUGAAACAUCUUCAAUCUUUAUUGGUCGACAGCGAGAACGCGAGGGACGCGAUGAGCACCCAGUUGGAGGAAUUAAAUUCGCUGAUAAAUGGGUUCGCGGAUAUUUCGAGUAUCGCACCGUUUGAUCCUGAGGGAUGCGUCAUCACCCCAGAGCAGUCGGGGCCGUAUCCAAAGCAAAAACCGGAGAAACGACUUUCAUCACUGUCGUUGGCUUCUUUCUUUGGUUCAUAA